GCAAGUACCAAACACGAUCCAAUCAAACAUGCUCAGCCAGUCCUAUUUUGGAAACUGGUAAAUACACGGUUGUUUGAGUUUUAGAUGACGAUUUAGUCCGUGAGGGGAGUGGGCAUACCAGUAUAAAGGGACUUUGCCGGCGUCUUUAAGCACUUGUGUCAUUUUUUGCUGGACGGAGGCCGGUCGAAGUCCGCUAGUCAUCUUGCAAGAAAAAAAUUCUUUGUGGAACUAAUUCCCAGGAUGAUGAAGCUGCUACUCCUGGUGAGCGUGGCCUGCCUCUUUGUUGUUGCCUGCCAGGCUCGGCCAGCCAAUGAGGAAGACCUCCGCGAGCUGAUGAAGGAGGUGAUCGAGGAUGAACUCGAGGAGGAACUGCUGGCGAAACUGGAAGAACUGGAAGGAGAAAAGAACAAUAUGAGGCCCCAAUGGGAAUAUAAACCGCCACAUCCUGAGGGCCAACAACCAGAGGGUGGUAAAAGACCGCCACGCCCCGAGGAGGGAAGUGGAGAUGCUUGGGAUGGUCCUGAAGAGCGUGAGCUAAGACAGGAUGAAGAGGGUAAAAGAAAAGAAGAAACAGAAGAUGGGCGCAAGCCACGCCCACCUAAGGCGGACAAGCCUCUUCCCCCUGAUGGUGAUGAAAGACCACGCCCUGAGGAAGGCAGUGGAGAUGAUUGGGAUGGUCCAGAGGAGCGUGAGUUGAGAGAGGAUGAAGAGGGUAAAGGAGAAGAGAAGGGAGGAAAAGAAGAUGGGCGCAAGCCACGCCCACCUAAGGCGGACAAGCCUCUUCCCACUGAUGGUGAUAAAAGACCACGCCCGGAGGAAGGCAGUGGAGAUGAUUGGGAUGGUCCAGAGGAGCGUGAGUUGAGAGAGGAUGAAGAGGGUAAAGGAGAAAAGAAGGGAGGAAAAGAAGAUGGGCGCAAGCCACGCCCACCUAAGGGGGACAAGCCUCUUCCCCCUGAUGGUGAUAAAAGACCACGCCCCGAGGAAGGCAGUGGAGAUGAUUGGGAUGGUCCCGAAGAGCGUGAGUUGAGAGAAGAUGAAGAGGGUAAAGGAAAAGAGAAGGGAGGAAAAGAAGAUGGGCACAAGCCACGCCCACCUAAGGGGGACAAGCCUCUUCCCCCUGAUGGUGAUGAAAAACCACGCCCUGACGAAGGUAGUGGAGAUGACUGGGAUGGUCCCGAAGAGCGUGAGUUGAGACAGGAUGAAGAGGGUAAAGGAAAAGAGAAGGGAGGAAAAGAAGAUGGGCGCAAGCCACGCCCACCUAAGGGGGACAAGCCUCUUCCCCCUGAUGGUGAUAAAAGACCACGCCCCGAGGAAGGUAGUGGAGAUGAUUGGGAUGGUCCAGAGGAGCGUGAGUUGAGAGAGGAUGAAGAGGGUAAAGGAAAAGAGAAGAGAGGAAAAGAAGAUGGGCGCAAGCCACGCCCACCUAAGGGGGACAAGCCUCUUCCCCCUGAUGGUGAUGAAAGACCACGCCCUGAGGAAGGUAGUGGAGAUGACUGGGAUGGUCCCAAAGAGCGUGAGUUAAGAGAAGAUGAAGAGGGUAAAAGAAAAGAGAAGGGAGGAAAAGAAGAUGGGCGCAAGCCACGCCCACCUAAGGGGGACAAACCUCUUCCCCCUGAUGGUGAUGAAAGACCACGCCCUGAGGAAGGUAGUGGAGAUGAUUGGGAUGGUCCCGAAGAGCGUGAGUUGAGAGAAGAUGAAGAGGGUAAGGAAAAAGGACAACAGGAAAAGUGGGAAAAAGAGUUGGAAAAGUGGGAAAAGGAGUGGAAAGAGAAAGAGGAGGGGCGAAGGCCACGUCCUCCUAAGGGGGACAAACCCCCUCCAGAUGGUAGCGACAGACCACGCCCUGAAGAGGGGAGCGGGGAUCUUCCAGAUGAAAUCCAGGAGGAUGACAUGCUUGCUCUCCUAGGGGAGCGUGGACUGACCAAGGAUAAAAGCGCGGAUAAGAAAGGGAAGGAUGGACGCAAGCCACGCCCCAAAGAGGGAAAUGAAAAACUUCCCGAGGAUGCCAGAGAGAAGCGCAUGCUCGUUCGCUUGUACCAUUACCUCCAGAACCAAUAGACCAUGAUGGACUAAACUGGAUUGAAUUAGUGUGAUGUUUAUUAAUGCUUUAGUUAGCUCCUGUCAACUAUUAAUUAACGGGGACAUACAAUCUAUACUUAAAGCAUAAUCCUACCUAAAAGGAAAAGAAUUAACCCUCAGUAAUAGCGAGUGUCUUAUGAACUGGCUCCAAAAAGGAGUGACAAGUAUCCAAAAGAAGGAGAGAAAUAAAGGAAAACCUGCUUGGCCCCCCGUAUUUUCUUGGGAAAGUAGAAAUUUAACCUUUUGGGAGUGUUUUUCAAACUUUUGGAGUGGUUUUUAUGCGAGACUCUCUAUUUAGAGAAUAAGUUUUCACUCCUCUGCAUUUAGAGAAUGUACUUACAACUAUCAAAUUCUUAUUUUAUUAUUUGCUUUGAAUUUUAUUGGGUAAUUUUUCUAUUACUUUGGAGUUUAAUUUUUGUACAACCAACUUCCCAUAUUACUAGAAAUACUGUGAUCCUCUUUUGACAUGAGCACAAAAACCGAUGAUUCUGUCACAUUCUGAUUUGAAUUUCUCUUAUAAAAUUAGAGAGUGACUCAUUGUUUUGAAGUGCAUAUCAAAAACCCAACAAUAUUAAUCCUAUCUCAGGAACGCUUUCCGAUAAUGCAAUUUGGGGGGCCCCUCCGGUACAUAAUUUGAAUAGUACUAUAUUACAUCACCAAACAGUCAACUAAGAUAUCUAGAAACGUAUUGACAGUAUUUUAAAUGUUAAAACUGCACUUUAGAACACACCUAUCCCGAAUAAGAUACAAAAAUAAAAACACUUUUCAUACAUUGGAAAAGUGUAUAAUGUUACACAAAACCGAAUACAGAUACUUAUAUCUCAUCGUCCCUCACAGAAAGAGUUCCUUUUAAGGCAUUAAAACCACAUAAAAUGUUAACAUGUUUUCAAAUUUAACCAGCUUUAAAGAGUGUGUUGCACUCGAGGUUUUUACGAAAAAGUAGUGAAAAAAGUUGUUCGUAUUGUUUCAAGUUAGGCUUACAGUUUGCUGCGCUUAAAGUCUUCAGUUAUAUCUGUAUCUUCCUUUAACCGUUUCAUUAAUGGAAGCCACUUUUAACUGUAAGUUAUAGCUCAACAUAAGGCACUCUAUUUAUUUUGGCCAACAACUAGAUCAAUGAAGAAACUUAGUUUCAUACGGAAGCAUUGUCUAAGCACCUUUAAAUUUCUGUUAUAUUUAAACAAAUUACGGAGGGUAUUCUAUUCUAUAUCUUUCAUAAAUGUCAUCUGUCUCUUUUUUGCAAAUGUAUCAACUUUUCAUUAUUUCGUUCAAUUCUCUGUUUUUCUUGUUUCAAUUUCAGGGAAAAGGUUUUAUUUGAAAUCAAGCAUUUACGAGAUCCACACAAAUCCCUUAAACGUUUAAAAGCAGUCAGCAUCUUAUUUUUUCUAUUACAAACAUGUUUUCAGAAAUUACAACAUCAGCCUCACGGCUGUUUUAUAUUCUAGGUCCCUUCCUUAAAACUGUUACAAGGACAGUAACAAAGAAUCCGAGUCACCAAAAACCUAUCAGGUACAUCUUUUUAUACAUGUUUAAAAGUUUAAAACUAUCAAAUGAUGGACUACAGAGGGUUUGCAUAAGUGCCGUCUUGCAGGCCAAUGCUUUUGCUCAACAGGAUAUGCACAGACUGAGGAGGUUUCCCUGUGGAGGAAAAGAAUUGCCCUACAAGAUGGCUACCCUGCAAAGCCUCUGUUUUGAAAAUACAUGGGCAAAUUAUUCCAGAUCACACCCUGGAAUAUUUGUAGCAUAGUUUUACGCACUCGAAGUUUGGUUUGGGUAAAACAACAUUGAAGGCAUCAGCCCGAAACACGUAGUCUCAACUUACUUUAAGGUUACAAUAAAAAGUUUAGUGUUGAAUUCA